UUCAGUUAAACAUGCAGGUGAAAAACAGUCGAUUGAAAAAACAAUAAUUUUCUUAUUUUAAUAUGUUGUUAAAAAUUACUAAGUAGAUCUCUCAAAGGAUCGUUAUAUAAUCCCACAGGCAUACACAUAUAUUAAUACUCCACAAUGCUUUUAAACACAACAAGAAAAGAACGCGCGCGCAUAAGAAAGUUCUCAUUAAAAUAUGUCAGUCCUCGUCGAUUUCCUUGUUUGACCGAGAAACAUUAUUGUGUGCAUCCCACUCCAUCCGGUUUGUCUGACAUGUAUAUACGUGAUAUGCUCGCGGGUUGCGGGACACUCCAGAGGGAAAAAACUGGAGCGCGGUCCCGUUUCGCGACUCCGCGUCAGCGGGUGUCAAAGUAACACUAUCAAGUCAAAGCCGCGUGAUUCUUCGCGCCGCAAGCGGAAUCGAUCGCUGCGUCGCGGCAGCGCAAAACGUGAAUUGUCGCCGUCGACCCUCGCGAUAUAUUGGGCGGACGAGAAUACGAUACUCACGGAUGAAUUAACCUCGCCGUGGAGCCGCGCCGUCCGCGCGAUGUACGUGUCAAGUUAUCUAUUAACAUAGUUACGCAAUCAUGCGCGUGGAAUCAUAAUCGUUAUCAUCCGUUAUGACAUGUCGGGAAUUCACGUUGAGCAAUCGGUAGUUGUUUAGAAUGCUUAACAAAAUCAAGAUUUGUUUUCACUGAAGUGUUGGCAAUUGAUUUACGAAGCUCUCUCGAUAGAGAAAGACAGAUAAAGAGGGAGAAAGAGAAAGAGAGUGUCAUUCCAGUAGUCUUUCAGGGAAUCAUUCCAAAUGUCGACGUGCAACGAUGAUUUCGAAAGACCGUUUGAUUUUGAGCCCCAGUUGGAUGAUUGGAACACGUUGCGUGAGUUGUGCUGUGCCAACGAAAAGUAUUUUGAUUCUCACCAAGAUAAGAACGGCGUCAAAAUCAAGGCUGCCCUCGUGGCGAUCAGGGAUUACUUGACUGAGUUGCAGCCGCUGUACAAGGAGAUUGCCAGGUUCGCGUCACACUUUGACUUUGACGAAGAAAACCCGGGGAAUGGGUACAGAAGUUUCCUGUUGUUGGUAGAUAAAUGUAUCAUGUAUUCCGAGCUGAUUUGCCAGCAGAUACACGAUCAGAAAGACUCUGUGUUUUUCCGAAAGAGCUAUUACAUGAAGGAAAUAGAAGCGUGUUCUCAGCUAGUGGCAUCACUCUUUACAUGUUUACAGCAUUUAAAAACAAUGUACUCAUGGAGCACAGAAGUAUUGAAUGAUGGAAAGCUGUCAUUGUUUCCGCUAGAUCAGUAUAGUACUCAAGAACUUCUCAAUUCUGCACAGAACAUUAAUCAGUACUGCUUUUAUGGCAGGUGUCUAGGAUUUCAGUUCUGUGAUAGUUUAAAACAUGUAUUAAAAACGCUGUCAUUUUUUAUGGCGUCCUUCAGCGAGAUGUAUUACACCAAUAGUACCCUACUAGGACUAUGUACUAAUUCUAUUAAGUAUUUAUUAGAUCCCGAAGCAAGAGCACGUCGUAUUGUUAAUAUAUCUCAGCACGCUGACAUUUCUUUUUGUCAAGCAUUUUGGUUUCUAAGCGAAUCUGCAAUAAUGAAUAUGAUAAAUACCUCGAAUUUAGCAAUUAAUCAGGUAAUAUCUAUUCCGCCCGAAGAAUUAAUCCUAUCUACUUUAGAUGAAGGAACUAUUUUAGUUCCAAUACCAAAUAGUCAUAUUGGGAAGAAACCAAUUCACGUUAGAUUGUUAAGCUCCAAACGACGUCUAGGAAUGGUUGGAUCUGGAGGUAUAGGUGGAACAUUAUGCGAUCUAUGUGAUGAAUUAAUUAUUCAUACUCACGGGGGUGGAUUUGUUUCACAAACUUCACGAUCGCACGAAAUAUAUCUACGAAAUUGGACUGUGACGCUUGGAGUACCAAUCUUGAGUAUAGAUUAUAGUUUAGCUCCAGAGGCACCCUAUCCUCGUGCACUCGAAGAGGUGCUGUAUGCUUAUGCGUGGGCGUUAAAACAUGCAAAUACCUUACUCGGAAGUACUGCAAAAAAAGUGAUACUUGUUGGUGAUUCUGCAGGAGGAAACAUAAACUUGGGAGUUACUUUAAGAUGUAUGCAAUUAAAUAUAAGAAGACCAGACGGUAUUUUUAUGGCAUAUGCACCAGUACGCAUCGAAUUUGUACCGUCGCCCUCUCGUAUGCUUUGUCUCACGGAUCCAUUAUUACCGUUCGGCUUUAUGUUAAGAUGUCUUAAGGCUUAUGUAACUGAUAACAAGAAACUCACAAAGGAACACGAGAAUGAAGACGUUAAAUCGGAUACAGAAUCUUUUGCAGAAGUGAGCGAAAGUGACCUUAUAGCAUUAGCCCUGAGUCCAAAUGGAGACGGCGCAAAUGAUGAUCAGAAAUUAGUAUCCCUUCCAUCCGAUUCAACGUUAAAUUCUGUUAGUUUAACAGAAGUCGACGGUGCUGAGUGUCCGAAAGCACAGGCGAAAUCUCGAGAAUAUAUCAAUAGAUUUUUAAAUAUGUACAGAAAUUCCGGCCUUGCCUCAACAUCAUCGCCUGUUGCAAUGAAUGGCAGUGUCAGUAGAAAUGGUAACAGUUCAGGACAAAGUAAUAAAUCAUGGUCUUUAUUUGGAUGGUCCUUUGGUAGAAGAAGUAGUAAGGAUAGCAGAGAACUUAAUAUGGAUAACAUCAUUUCUUCUGAAGAAUUCGUCUUUGCGAUACCAAAGGAUCCUUUCUUAAGCCCUUAUGAUGCGCCCGAUAAUAUGCUAGCUAGUAUACCGCCCAUAAAGAUACUGACGUGUCAUCUUGAUCCUUGUCUCGAUGACUGCAUCAUGUUUGCGAGGAAGCUUCGUUCACUUGGCAAUAAAGUUACAUUAGAUAUUUUACCGGGUCUACCACAUGGAUUUCUCAGUCUUGUACAGACUUCGAAAGAAGCGAUGGAAGGGUCAGAGAUUUGCGUUGGAAGAAUAAAAGAAUUACUGGAAUUAUAAUUGUCUAAUAUUAAUUUAAAAAAUUUAUUGUUAAAACAUAUUGAUCUAGGACGAGCAGAAGAUGUACUUCAAUCUGUUGCAGCAACACCUAUUUACAGCGAAUUUUAUUAUGUCUAAACACCUGUUUUCUGCGGCUUAACUAUAUUUUGUAAUAUUUCAGGAGUUUUUUAGGCAUAUAACAGAUGAUGCUUUACACUAGCGAUUUUCUACUGUAUUAGCUGCAUUAGUUAUUAUUGUUGUCAUAUUGAUGUCGUCAUAUAUCGUACUGAAAGGCAUUAUCUAAAAUGAUUAGAAUAUAGUAUGUUUCGAAUCUGAUAUCCGACCACGUAUUAGUAAAGAACGUCCUAUACAUAUACGAAAAGAUAUUUAAUAUUAAUUUAUUUUGUUUUCUUACAUAAGUAAAAGCAUAUAUUUUUAUGAAUAUAUUUAUGAGACACUAUAUAAUAUAUUAAGUUAGUUACAGUUGAGUCUCUAAAUUUAGUCCAUGGGGCGAUAAGAAUGGAAUGCCAAAAUUAUAGAGUGCCCUCUCUACAGCACGAAUCUAUCAAUCACCGCGUACUUACGCGAAUGCAGUUGCGCUAAAUUGCAUAUGCUAAUCUGUCCAGGUGCACUACAGUGUACAUAACCUUAGCAGAACAAGUCAUAUGUACAUAUGUAUCACAUAUUAUGUAUCAUAAAAGAAUACAUUACACAAAUAGUUAUACAUAACUUGCCUAUGGAAUUACAUUACAUACACUGUGAGAACCUAGUACAAUUAGAUGCAGAUGCAUGUGUAACACAUAACCAGCCUACCAUGACAUUAGUGUUUGUAAAAGUUGUAUGAGAAGUGCAAAGAUUACAGAAGUUAAAUUUAGACAGA